AUGUUAGAACGGACGAAAGGUGCUGAACGUCUGGUAUUCGCAGACAGUGACGAGGAAACUGAAGAAAAAGGAGGCGAUGGUGCAGUUACGAGAAGUAAACGGGGUAGUAGUCGGAAAAACGAAUCAGCGCCUGGUGAUUCUGAUAAACGGAGAUACUUCGAGAAUGCAAAACUCAAGGGAUGGCGCCUUGUCGUCCGUAAUCUCGCAUUCAACACAAAAAAGGAAGAUCUACAAGUACUGUGUAGUAAAUUUGGACCGUUCACCGAAAUUGUUUUGCCGCCUUGCAAGGAUCCCAAAUAUCCAAAUUCAUGUGCUGGUUUUGCGUUCGUUCAAUUCAAAACUCGUGAUACUGCCGAGGCUUUUAUGCAGUCUUUGAAUUUGUCUGAGGUGAACGGACGAAAAGUGGCAAUAGACUGGGCGAUUAAUAAGGAUACAUAUGAAACGGCAAAUUAUGAAGAGAAAGAAAAAGAGAAGAAAUCAAAGGGAGUGGAUGCUGAAAAGAUUGAAAGUAAGGAGGAAGCUGCUUCGGAUGACGAUAGUGAGUCAGAUGAUGAACAAGAGCAACAGGAAAGUGAGUCAGAUUUGAGUGACAGUGAAUCAUCUCCAAACAAAGCCAGUUCCUCUAAGCGUUCAUCGAAGCGUACUGAUGUGGAACGCGAUCUCACAACCAAACCGAAUGAAGCAAUUCAAGAGGGACGUGUCGUUUUUGUUAGGAAUAUCUCUUACGAGACGACUGAUGAAAUGCUAAAAGACGCCUUACAAAAGUUUGGUACAAUUGAGUUGGCUGUAAUUUGUCGGUAUGCGGAUAGCGAUCAUUCGAAGGGUAGUGGUUUCGUUUAUUUCAAUUCCAAACAACAAGCUGAUAUGUGCCUUGAAGCGAUUACCUCAGAUCCAGGUAUCGUAAUUGACAAUCGACGUAUUUACGCGCAUCGCGCGCUGCCAAGAGAUGAUGCAGCUGCGAUUGAAAAGGAAAAGUUGAGGAAACAACCCAAAGAUAAACGCAAUCUGCAUUUGCUACGUGUUGGUGUUAUCCGUUCUGGUACAGCAGCUGCACGUGGCAUGAGUGAGACGGAUGCAAAGAAACGUGCGAAACUCGCGCUUACCGCCAAGGAAAAACUCCGAAAUUUACACAUGUUUGUUUCGCCAGUGCGUUUAGUUGUUCACAACCUACCGACGUCAUUGAGCGAUAAAGCGUUUCGAUCGAUUUGCUUUCUCGCUGCUGGUAAUGCCGAUGCAAAAAUAACUGAGUGCCGUAUAUGGCGUAAUAAUGAACGCUUGGAUGGGAAGGGCCUCGGUAAAUCGCGUGGCUUCGGUUUUGUUGCUUUUUCGGAGCACAAAGACGCAUUGGCCGCACUCAGAAAUCUCAAUAACAACCCGGAAACGUUCACUAAUGAAAAGAGACCGAUAGCGGAAUUCUCAAUUGAGAAUUUAGCAGCGCUGAAGUUACGCGAAUCGCGUUUGGUGAAAAGCAAAGAAAAGUUAACGAAGGAAGUGAAGAACGGAGACGAAAUAAGCGAGAAAACUCGAAUCGACGUUGAAAAAACGAAGAGUGAAAUGUCAAUUGGAGGGCAAAAACCAUUGCCAUCUCGUAUGGGACCGAAAAACCGGCAUCGUAACUUGAAGAAUGAUAAAAAACAUAUGAAAAUCAGGCGACCGGAAGAAACAACAGAUAAGUUUCAGAAAGUUUCAAAGAAAAGAAGUGCUAAAAUAGGAGGAGUCGAGAUUGCCAAGAAAAGAAGUCGACUGAGUCGUCAAAAACAACUGACUAAAUAUUUGGCGUUACACUGA